GUUAAUGGCGGUAGCGGUUGCCUCAGUGGGACUCUAAUUCGGCCUCGGAAGGGAGUAGCUCUUUCUUUCGGCUUCCGUCUGCCCCAGUCAGCACUCGCGCCCGCGCCCUCCCUCGCCAGCAUGUCUGUUGUGCCGCCCAACCGUUCGCAGACGGGCUGGCCCCGGGGUGUGAAUCAGUUUGGGAACAAAUACAUCCAGCAGACCAAGCCUCUCACCCUGGAGCGCACCAUCAACCUAUAUCCACUUACAAAUUACACUUUUGGUACAAAAGAGCCCCUUUAUGAAAAGGACAGCUCUGUUGCAGCUCGAUUUCAGCGAAUGAGGGAGGAAUUUGACAAGAUUGGAAUGAGGCGGACUGUAGAGGGUGUUCUGAUUGUGCAUGAGCACCGGUUACCUCAUGUAUUACUCCUGCAACUGGGCACAACUUUUUUCAAGCUACCUGGUGGUGAACUUAAUCCAGGAGAAGAUGAAGUAGAAGGACUCAAACGUUUAAUGACAGAGAUACUGGGACGUCAAGAUGGAGUUCUGCAAGACUGGGUCAUUGAUGACUGCAUUGGUAACUGGUGGAGACCAAAUUUUGAACCCCCACAGUACCCAUAUAUUCCAGCACAUAUUACAAAACCUAAAGAGCACAAAAAACUCUUUUUGGUUCAGCUUCAAGAAAAAGCCUUGUUUGCGGUCCCCAAAAAUUACAAACUGGUAGCCGCGCCAUUGUUUGAAUUAUAUGACAAUGCACCAGGAUACGGACCUAUCAUUUCCAGCCUUCCUCAGCUUUUGAGCAGGUUCAAUUUUAUUUACAACUGAAUUCCUGAGUCGUGGAAGAAUAAAAGAAGCCGUCUCUGUGAGCACAGCUAUACAAUGUAGAAGAAUAAACAGAAUAGGAAGUUUCUUUUUGUUCUCUCCCCUCCCCCUUCUUUUUUCCCAAAUUGCCUCAUACUUUAUAUUGUUUGCAUAGUAAAGUGAAUCUGAAGAACUGUCCUAGAUAGUGGUGUAAACAAAUGUGAUAAUGUAUAUUUCACUUUUGGUUCUACCCAUACUUUUUGUACAACAUUAAACAAAGUGGACCUA